GCCCCCCCGGCGUCCACCCCCGGGCCCGCUGUUGUCCCCUCACCCGGUGCGGCCCGGCCCUGACCCCGCCGCGCGCCCGCCUUGUGACGUCAUCACACCGCGCCCUCCGCUCCAAGAUGGCGGCGGCCGGGAGGGGCUGAGCCGGGCCCAGCCCCGCCAUGCCUCCGCCGUGCCCGGCGCUGCCCCGCGCUGCCCCCGCGAUGCCUCCCGCUGCCCGCGCGUCCCGGCCCGGCGCCGCCGCCGCGUCCCGGUGAGGUUUAUCCCCCCCGGUGAGGCGAUGCUGCGGCGGCUGCUGGAGCGGCCGUGCUCGCUGGCGCUGCUGGUCGGCUGCCAGUUCGCCUUCGUCGCCUACUUCUCGCUCGGCGGGUUUCGCAACCUCACGGCGCUUUUCGGCCGCGGGGCCGGGCCCAGCUUCGACUAUUCCCGCACCCGCGACGUCUACGAGAACCUGAGCCGGCUCCUGCCCCCCCGGCCCCCGCCGCCAGACCCCGCCAGACCCCUCCCGUACUGCCCCGAGAGAUCGCCCUUCCUCGUGGGUCCCCUGACUGUGACCUUCGCCCGGGUGCCGUCCCUGGAGCUCAUCAGGGCCAAGAACCCGGGGGUGGGGCCGGGGGGUCGGUACCGACCCCCCCUGUGCGAGGCCCGGUCCCGCACGGCCGUCAUCGUCCCCCACCGCAACCGGGAGAGCCACCUGGGCCACCUCCUCUACUACCUGCACCCCUUCCUGCAGCGCCAGCAGCUCCACUACGGCAUCUACGUCGUGCACCAGGUCCGGGGGGGGGUUUUUGGGGGGGUCUUGGGCGUCCCAGACCCUUUUUCCAGACCCCUGUGGGAUGGGAGUUGUGCGUGCGACAGGGUGGAGAUGCUGAAUGUGGGGGUGAAGGGGGGAUGA